UCAACGUCCAACAUUGAACCAGUCCUCAUCACUUUCAUCGAUCAUUCGCUCAAGACGUCAAGAUUACGAUGAAAGUCGAGCGCGCUGUCUCUAUCGACCAAAGGAGUGAGCUUUCCGCUGCGCCUAACAUUAUGAAGAAGACUCCAAGCCUUGCCUCGGAAGUGACCCCAGCAGCCAUGCGAGAAGAGCCUCAUCAGUCCAUUGAAGAAUCUGAUCUCCCAGCCCCCGAGAAGUUUGAUACCGACCUUGCAUUUGAGCGUGAGGAGUUGCUCAAGCCUGAUAGUCGCCCGGCGUCUCACGGUCCAAAGGUUUGGCAAGUCAAGGCGUUGCCUCUGAAGCUCAGUGCCCUUGAAGCCACGGUUGCUGUAAAAGGAGGAGUCUUCACUUAUGAUGACUUCGAAGUAUACGAUCCUGCCGCCCAGGAAAAGGCCGAUGAUGGACCUGCCGAUCCCUUAUCUGGCGCCUUAUCGGCUACCUUCGGUGCAGUCGGGACCAUUGCCCAGCGGGUAGGGGACUAUCCUCUUUUACUUGCUAAAGUUCUUGAGGCGAAAGAGGAUGACCAAGUGCACAAGGACGUUGCAGAGUUCGCCAAGGAUUCAAACAAAGGCAUGACUGGAAUCCUUGGCGCUGGAUUGAAGGCCCCCAUGGAUAUUACUCAUAACGUAGCUCGUGGCUUUCAUAACCUUCCGAAGAUGUAUGGUGACGAUACGGUGCGGCCGUUGGAGAAGGUUACGGAUGUGCAGAGUGGGCUCCAGGCCGCCGGAAAGAGCUUUGGCUAUGGCUUAUGGGAUGGAAUGUCCGGGCUCGUUACCCAGCCCAUGAAAGGAGCGGAGGAAAGCGGCUUCAUGGGCGGAUUGAUGGGCUUCGGGAAGGGGCUUGGAGGAGCCGUUUUCAAACCGGCUGCAGGGAUUGUCGGCUUGGCCGGAUAUGUAUCCAAAGGUAUCUAUGAAGAAGUUCAGACAUCCCGAGGAAUCGACGAGCACAAGGAUGUUAGUGAAGCACAAAUGGUGCAGGGAUUCAAGGAAUGGGAGGAGGCGUCGGAAGAGGAACGAAGGUACAUCCUCUUGUCGAUCAAGAGGCAGUAUGAGGAUCUUGAGACCAUGGAGGGCUAGAUGACUGAAAAGGGAAGGCACCUAUCUGGCAGGGCAAUUGAAAGUAACUUUACUAUUCGUCACUGUACCAGUUUCUCAAUUCCUACACGUCACUCAAGCUGGAGCUUAUUAGCUCAACGCUACCAUGUAUAUACACGCUCUCAAGUCCUUGGCUUGAAGAGCCAGCUGCUAUUGUCUACAAAUCUCCAUUCCGACAGCACUAAACUGUCACGCAGGGUGAUUCAUAUCCUAUUGAACAGUUUGAGGCAGCGAGGGGAUAUAAUAGCCAAGUAUUUGCGGAUCUUCAUUGUAGGUCUUCAGCCUUGACAAUAAGAAGUCCUCGG